UUGCACAAGAGCCAGCAGCCAGGCUUGCUUUGCUUGCUUCACUUCAUUUCUUCAUUAUCAUCGGCUCGGUCGGCGGCCAUUCAUUCUUCUACUGCCACACGAGCAACCAGCAGCGAUAGUACCAGGUCACACAUCUUUUUUCUUCAACCGAAGUGAAAAACGUGUUUGGGUGUAAUCACUCGAUUAAGUGCUUCAAACUAUCGAAAAUAGUAGCGAGUUGAAUCAAGAACCUUGACCUUAGAAUUGUUCAGAAUGCUUCGCCUGCAAAGUAUGUUACGUUGUUCCGCAGCCCGCCAAGUGGCGGCUGGUUAUCGUGGCUACGCCAAAGAUGUCCGCUUCGGACCGGAAGUGCGAGCACUGAUGCUGCAGGGAGUUGACGUACUGGCCGAUGCCGUGGCCGUCACCAUGGGACCGAAGGGCCGCAAUGUAAUUCUAGAACAGAGCUGGGGAUCGCCAAAGAUCACCAAGGACGGUGUCACCGUCGCCAAGGGUAUCGAGCUGAAGUGUAAAUUCCAGAACAUUGGCGCCAAGCUGGUGCAAGAUGUUGCCAACAAUACCAACGAAGAAGCCGGAGAUGGUACGACAACGGCAACGGUGUUGGCCCGUGCCAUCGCAAAGGAGGGUUUUGACAAAAUUUCCAAAGGUGCCAAUCCGGUGGAAAUUCGUCGCGGUGUGAUGCUUGCGGUCGAUGCCGUCAAGGAUCACCUGAAGACGAUGUCGCGCAAUGUUACCACUCCGGAGGAGAUCGCUCAGGUGGCCACUAUUUCCGCCAACGGAGACCGUGCUAUCGGUGAUCUUAUCAGCGAGGCGAUGAAGCGUGUCGGCAAGGAUGGUGUCAUUACGGUGAAGGACGGCAAAACACUGACCGAUGAGUUGGAAGUCAUCGAGGGAAUGAAAUUCGAUCGCGGAUACAUUUCACCGUAUUUCAUCAACUCGAGCAAGGGUGCAAAGGUGGAAUUCCAGGACGCACUGGUUCUGUUUUCGGAGAAGAAAAUCUCGAACGUGCAAUCGAUCAUUCCGGCGCUGGAGUUAGCCAACUCACAGCGUAAGCCACUUGUCAUCAUCGCUGAAGAUGUCGAUGGAGAGGCGCUCAGCACACUGGUCGUCAACAGGCUGAAGAUUGGACUGCAGGUUGCUGCCGUUAAGGCUCCCGGAUUCGGUGACAAUCGCAAGAGCACGCUGACUGAUAUGGCCAUCAGCACGGGUGGUAUCGUGUUUGGCGAUGAUGCCAAUCUGGUCAAGUUGGAGGAUGUGCAGCCUUCCGAUUUGGGACAGGUGGGUGAAAUUUCCAUCACCAAGGAUGAUUGCAUGAUGCUGAAGGGCAAGGGCAAAUCGGAUCAGAUCUCUGCUCGUGUGGAACAGAUCCGUGACCAGAUUGCCGACACAACUUCCGAGUAUGAGAAGGAGAAGCUGCAGGAACGGCUCGCUCGUUUGUCGUCCGGCGUUGCCGUGCUGAAGGUCGGAGGUUCCAGCGAAGUUGAGGUCAACGAGAAGAAGGAUCGCGUUAAUGAUGCUUUGUGUGCUACUCGCGCUGCUAUCGAGGAAGGUAUUGUCGCUGGAGGUGGUACCGCCCUGUUGCGUUGCAUUAAGACUUUGGAAAAUUUGACGGCUGUAAACGAUGACCAGAAGGCCGGUAUCGAUAUCGUUCGUCGUGCGCUACUUCAACCCUGUACUCAGAUUGCCAAGAAUGCCGGAGUGGACGGAUCGGUUGUCGUCGCUAAGGUUUUGGACUUGGAGGGAGACUUUGGAUACGAUGCCCUGAACAGUGAGUAUGUAAAUUUGAUUGAACGAGGAAUCAUCGACCCAACGAAGGUCGUCCGGACGGCUCUGACUGAUGCUUCCGGAGUAGCUUCGCUUCUGUCCACUGCUGAGUGCGUUGUAACGGAAGAACCCAAGCCGGAAGGUGCCGGAGGAGGCAUGCCCGGAAUGGGUGGAAUGGGCGGAAUGGGUGGCAUGGGAGGCAUGGGUGGAAUGAUGUAAGCGAUUUCCAAGCAACAAACUUCUUUUAAGGACUCCGAAGGAUGAAGCUGCGCGAGAGGAUGAACCGGUACACAAAACCUAGCAACCUAGUCCGCCAUCCUUUCGAAUACCUUCAUCCUUUUUCGGGUUACCAAACAAAAUGCAUUUAUCUCGCAAUUCUUAGUUUGAUCUUUUCCGGCUUGCUACACCGUGCCGUCGAGAUGGCGGUGGACAAGCGGAAUAGUGAGAAAGGUCUACGGAUAAUGUAGCUAUAAUAGUUGUUAAGGACAAGCCACAAUCUUCCUCCCCACGAUGCGGCCUUUCUAUCAGCAACCGACCGAGAGCGCGAUUGUGAUUAUUCUGUGUUAUUUCUACGGUUCAAUGACUGAUAGAGGCGAGCUGUUUUAAAUUAAAACACUUGAUCUAGCACUAGCCGUGGACGAAAGAUUAUUCCACAAAAGAAGAAAGGAAAUGAGUACACGCGGAACGAAUGUUAUUUAGAGUAUUUUUUUUUGUCUAAACUUUUACCAGUGCGAAAAGUAGGAUGCUAAGAACUAUGAUUUAAGUUCUCCGUUUGCUCUUUUUCCCCCCUUACUAUUAAUUUUGUUUACUCACUAUGCAUAUUAUUAUUUGCAUUACAAGCCGUACAAUUCUAGCGAAAGAAGCAGUACGAACUUAGUCAGAGAGUAGUUGUAAAGAUUUUUUUUCUUUGUAAACGUUUAUAUCCAGAAUGUGUGGUUAUAUAAUAGCAGACGUUGUGUAGUUUAGUUCAUAGAGGAGGAAAAUAAACAGAAUCGUACUUUAAGGUAAAUAAGAUGAACAAAUCGAAAUGCAAUUUAUUACUACAAACUACUAAAAAGCUGAGAGCCAAUGAGAACGUUGGCGCACACACCGGACGGACGGUAAAGCCCGCAGGCAUACAACAUAUAUUGAAAGGAAGUUUAAUAUACAUGUUUUAUACA